AUGGCUUCCAAAGCUUUGCCUUCUCACCUUCGCGCCCCCGCCAGCGAGUCCAACGCUGGCGGCUUCGGCAAGCACCACGGAAAGUCCCAGUCUCACAUGGCAUUCGAGAAUGCUUCGACCAGCGUCGCUGCCUCCCAGAUGCGUAAUGCCCUGAACGCCCUCGCCGAGACCGUCCCCGAUGCCAACGAGCGCAAGCGUUUCGAGGCCGAGACCGACAACUUCUUUGCUCUCUUCCGCAGAUUCCUCAACGACAAGGCCAAGGGCAACGAGGUCAACUGGGACCGCAUCGCCCCUCCCCAGCCCUCGCAGGUGGUCAACUAUGCCGAUCUGGGCAGCGAGGCCUCCGUCGAGUUCCUGAACAAGCUGGCCGUCGUUAAGCUGAACGGUGGUCUGGGUACCUCCAUGGGUUGCGUUGGACCCAAGUCCGUCAUCGAGGUCCGUGAGGGCAUGUCCUUCCUCGAUCUUUCCGUGCGCCAGAUCGAGCACCUGAACCGUACCUUCAACGUCAACGUGCCCUUCGUCCUCAUGAACUCCUUCAACACCGACCAGGACACCCAGUCCAUCAUCAAGAAGUACCAGGGCCACAACGUCGACAUCAUCACCUUCAACCAGUCCCGCUACCCUCGUAUCAUCAAGGAUUCCCUCCUUCCCGCCCCCAAGUCGUUCGAUGCUCCUCUGCAGGACUGGUACCCUCCCGGCCACGGUGACGUCUUCGAGUCGCUGUACAACUCCGGUACCCUCGACAAGCUCCUGGAGCGCGGCGUCGAGUACAUCUUCCUGUCCAACGCCGACAACCUGGGUGCCGUCGUGGAUCUCCGCAUCCUGCAGCACAUGGUGGACACCGAGUCCGAGUACAUCAUGGAGUUGACCGACAAGACCAAGGCCGACGUCAAGGGUGGUACCAUCAUCGACUACGAGGGCAAGGCCCGUCUCCUGGAAAUCGCCCAGGUGCCCAAGGAGCACGUCAACGAGUUCAAGUCCAUCAAGAAGUUCAAGUACUUCAACACCAACAACAUCUGGAUGAGCCUGCGUGCCAUCAAGCGUGUCGUUGAGGAGAACGAGCUGGAGAUGGAGAUCAUCGCCAACGAGAAGUCCAUCCCCGCCGACAAGAAGGGUGACGCCGACCAGGCCAUCUACCAGCUUGAGACCGCCGUCGGUGCCGCCAUCCGCCACUUCAAGAACGGCCACGGUGUCAACGUGCCCCGUCGUCGCUUCUUGCCCGUCAAGACCUGCUCCGAUCUCCUCCUGGUCAAGUCCGACCUGUACCGCCUGGAGCACGGCCAGCUGGUCAUGGACCCCAACCGUUUCGGCGGUGUCCCCGUCAUCAAGCUGGGUUCGGACUUCAAGAAGGUCUCCGACUUCCAGAAGCGCAUUGGCAGCAUUCCUCGUAUCGUCGAACUCGAUCACUUGACCAUCACUGGUGCCGUGAACCUGGGCCGCAACGUCACGCUAAAGGGAACCGUCAUCAUCGUGGCGACCGAGGGCAGCACGAUCGACGUGCCUCCGGGCUCCGUGCUGGAGAACUGCGUUGUGCAGGGAAGCUUGCGUAUUCUGGAGCAUUAA